CCGUGUCCGAAAUGUACGCCAAAUGCAAAUCAGAGAAAGGCUUUUCUGUGGCCACUGUUUGGACGCAACACAUCCCAGACCUGCUCUCCAGAGCCAAGUGUGACGACCGGAGCCAAUGCGUGAUACGAGUGGAGGCGCCGAACUUCAACGCGUCUAGUUUUCUACUGCUAACGGAGCCCAAGAACGCCAAACUCGUGAAACCCAACCUAAGACUCGUGUCGGUGCUAAGAGAUGACAAACAUUUGUUUAGUAUUAAACUAUACACCGAAGCCGUGGCCCCAUUCGUGGCGCUCGACCUGAAGCCCGGAUCGGGAAUUAGCGGUCAUUUUGUGGACAACGGGUUCUUCAUGUUUGACGAGACAAAGACAGUGCAGUUUGUGUACACCGGAAAUGAGGCCGUAGAUGAACAGGAUAUUGCAGAUAAUUUAAUUAUUAAAACUGUGACCGAUGUGAUC